AUGGCGAACCCAACAUCGCCCAAGGCCACGACCAAUGGCACCAUGUCCCGCCCGCAGACGCCCAAGGUCAACAGCUUCGCGCUGACCGAAUAUACCGCCAACCCGUCCCCGCCGCCUCAGAGCCCGGUGGUGAAGACGCAGGGCGUGCCCGAGCACUUCCUGCUGCCCAACGGCUUCCCAGAUUACCUGCGACUGAUCCUGACCUCGCGCGUCUACGAGGUCGUGAAGGAGACGCCUCUGACCCAUGCCGUCAACCUGAGCAAUCGCCUGGAAUGCAAUGUCAUGCUGAAGCGCGAGGACCUGCAGCCUGUCUUCAGCUUCAAGCUGCGCGGCGCCUACAACAAGAUGGCGCACCUGGACCAGGAACAAAGCUUCAAGGGUGUCGUUGCUUGCUCUGCGGGAAACCAUGCCCAAGGCGUUGCAUACUCUGCCCGGAAACUCAAGAUCCCCGCCACCAUCGUCAUGCCAUCCGGCACCCCAGACAUCAAGCAUAAGAACGUCUCGAGACUAGGCGGGCACGUCGUGCUCCACGGACCCGACUUCGACUCGGCCAAAGAAGAGGCACACCGGUUGGAGAAGCAGCACGGGCUGGUCAAUAUUGCGCCGUUCGACGAUCCGUACGUCAUUGCCGGCCAGGGUACCAUCGGCAUGGAGGUCCUGCGCCAGACGAACCUGCAGGACUUGGAGGCAGUCUUCUGCUGCGUGGGUGGCGGUGGUCUGAUUGCUGGCGUCGGUGUCUACAUCAAGCGUAUAGCGCCCCACGUCAAGGUCAUUGGUGUUGAGACGUACGAUGCCAACGCCAUGGUCCAGUCGCUGAGGGAGGGUCGCCGCGUCGCCCUCAAGGAGGUUGGUCUCUUUGCCGAUGGAGCCGCCGUGAAGAACGUUGGCGAGGAGACAUUCCGGGUGGCCUCGGAGGUCGUGGACGAGGUCAUCCAAGUCACGACCGACGAGACUUGCGCCGCCAUCAAGGACAUUUUCGAAGACACGCGCUCCAUCGUCGAGCCCGCAGGCGCGCUGGCACUGGCGGGUCUGAAGAAGUAUGUCGCGGCCAACCCUUCGCCCAACCCGAACCGCGGCCUCAUCGCUGUUGCUUCUGGCGCCAACAUGAACUUCGACCGUCUUCGAUUCGUCGCCGAGCGCGCCGCGCUUGGUGAGAAGAAGGAAGCGUUGCUCUCCAUCACCAUCCCCGAGAAGCCAGGUGCUUUCGCGAACCUGAUCAAGGCCGUCCACCCCAUGGCAUGCACAGAGUUUGCCUACCGCUACAACGACGCAUCCAAGGCCAACAUUCUCAUCGGCGUCGCGCUAAAUGCCGCCAGCCGGAGCCGCGAUCUGGCCGAUCUCCUCGCCCGCCUAGAGAAGGACGGCAUGCACGCCAUCGAUCUCUCGGGCGACGAAGUUGCCAAAUCUCACGUCAGGUAUCUUGUUGGCGGCUGUCCUUCGGCCGUCUCCACCGAGAGGAUAUUCGCGUUCGAGUUCCCGGAGAGGCCAGGUGCGCUGUACAAGUUCUUGACCACGAUGCAGCCUGAUAUGAACAUCUCGCUGUUCCACUACCGCAACCACGGCGGUGAUGUCGCCAAGAUAUUGGCAGGCAUCCAGUGCCCUGAAGCCAAGGAGAACGAGCUGAAGGAGUUCCUGGAGAAGAUCGAUUACCCCUUCAAGGAGGAGACCGAGAACCCGGUCUACAAGAUGUUCCUGAGGGAGUAA